AUAUACAUACAUACAGUAUAUAAAAAAGAUAAUUGAAAGCGCGAAAAAUGCCGCUAGAUACCGAAAGCACCGCGCUCUUGAGCAAAGAACAACUCAAAUCCAACGGUUACAACAAUGAACAGAAGCAGCACCAAUCGAAAUGUCAAUCGCAUUACAUCGACGUUCUGGAGAAACCACUAUGUAACGGUUAUACAUCCAUACUAGGGGCGGAUGAUUUCUCCGCUGGCCUAACUCUGGAAGAAUUGCUGCCCUUUGUCGACGAUCCGUGGUGGCAAAAACUGCGGCGCACACUCUUCUGCACAUUCUGCUUGGUGUUUUGGUUGAUUUUAUUCACCGGCUGUACGCUUGCCUACAUGGAACGUAAUAAACAAUGUGGCAUCUCGAUCGCAACUGCAACAGCACCAACUAAUACGAGCACGUUGACAGCUGCACCUCUACAAAGUAUUUAAAAGCUGAAAUGCAAGGCCAAUUCACAUAGAACUUUCGCUUCGCUUUGCGUCUGACAGUUGU